CUAUCCCCCUCCCCUUGUCUGUCCUGCCUACCCCACCCUCCCUGUCUGUCUGCACCCUCCAUGUUCCUACCUACCCCACCCUUUAUUUUUCAGAGCUACGGACCGAUCAUGGGUGACUGGAGCUUUCUGGGUAAUAUUUUAGAGGAAGUUAACGAGCACUCUACGGUGAUCGGCCGGGUGUGGCUCACAGUGCUCUUCAUCUUUCGUAUCCUCAUCCUGGGCACGGCGGCGGAGUUUGUGUGGGGUGAUGAGCAGUCUGACUAUGUCUGCAACACGCAGCAGCCAGGUUGUGAGAAUGUGUGCUAUGAUGAGGCCUUCCCCAUCUCCCACAUCCGCCUGUGGGUGCUGCAGAUCAUCUUUGUGUCCACACCGUCUCUGGUGUACGUGGGUCACGCUGUGCACCAUGUCCACAUGGAGGAGAAACGCAAGGAGCGUGAGGAGGCUGAACUUAGCCGGCAGCAGGAGCUGAGUGAGGAGCGACUCCCUCUGGCACCUGACCAGGGAAGUGUCCGCACCACUAAGGAGACCAGCACAAAGGGAAGCAAGAAGUUCAGGCUGGAGGGCACCCUGCUGAGGACCUACAUCUGCCACAUCAUCUUCAAGACACUGUUUGAGGUGGGCUUCGUGGUGGGUCAGUACUUCCUGUACGGCUUCCGCAUUCUGCCGCUGUACAAAUGCAGCCGCUGGCCCUGCCCCAACACUGUGGACUGCUUUGUGUCUCGCCCCACAGAGAAGACCGUCUUCAUCAUCUUCAUGUUGGCUGUGGCCUGUGUCUCACUCUUCCUCAACUUUGUGGAGAUCAGUCACCUGGGCCUGAAGAAGAUUCGCUUUGUCUUUCGCAAGCCAGCCCCAGCCCCAGCCCAAGGCGAGGGCACGGCCCCCCUGCCGCCACAAAAGAGCCUGCCCUCCCUGGCUGUGCCCUCCCUGCAGAGAGUGAAAGGUUACAGGCUGCUGGAGGAGGAGAAAGCUCCCCCUAUAACUCACCUCUACCCGCUGGCUGAGGUGGGCAUGGAGGCUGGCAGAGGGGCCCCACCCUUCCAGGGCCUGGAGGAGAAAGCGGAGGAGGUGCUGCCCAUGGAGGACAUCUCUAAGGUGUAUGACGAGACUCUGCCCUCCUAUGCCCAAACCACUGAGACAGCGGGGGUGACAUUACAUGAGGAGGAGCCCGAGGAGGUGCAGCCGGCAGAGGUGGAAGCAGAGAAGGUGGAGCCGGUUGUGGAUGAGGAUGUGGAGGUAGAGGAGGUGGUGAAUGGGGAAGGGGUAACUCCAGCGGAGGCAGGGAUGGAGGCCACGGAUACGAUAGAAGACACCAGACCGCUGAGUCGACUGAGCAAAGCCAGCAGCAGGGCCAGGUCAGACGAUCUCACUGUAUGAACCUGUGAGAGAGAGAGAGCACAUGUACACCUGCACACACCAAAUGUUCAACAUAAGAG